GUGUGGUCUGUAAACAAAGCCACCCACGUGGUUCCUUCUCCAUGGUCAUUGUAAUGGUUUUCUUCUUCUUAAUGGACCCUACUUGCCCUCCAUUGUAGGAGAUCCUUUCGAAUCUUCUUCUCUUCAUCAUCUAUUUCUCUUCACAUUUCAGCAUAGAAAACCAUUAACACAACAUCUUGUACAGUUCAAAAAUAGAAGAAAAAAGUGUACAGAUAGUGUUUUUUUUUUGGUGAGAUACAGAAUGAGUGCUUUGUAUUCCACUUUUAUCUUGAUUGAUCUUCAAAGUUCUUGGUAUUCAGCUAAACAGAUACCCAAUUCCACUUUCUGUUAUUUAAAUAAGUCCACGUUCUCAGCGGCAUUUCGUCGAACACGUGGUGGGCGGGGUAGAUUUCCGGCGCCGGCGGCGUCGAUUCAGUCACCGGGAAUCAGGAGACCAAGGGAACGUCCCGGUGCCGGAAAUGGGUUGUCGUUGUUUUCUCCUAAUUCGCCUUCUACUUCGAGUUCUGAGGAUGAGGUUGUAUCGGAUUUGGACUUGUUCUUGGAGUUAGUGCCACUGAGGAUGAGGAAUGAACUAUUUAUGCAUCAGGAGAUUGGGAAGUUGGUUGAGAUAGUUAUGGAUUUAGGUAGAAAGCCCCUAGCGCGAUUUCCUUCCGGUGAUUGGAUCAUUUCUGAGCAGCCUGUAAUGCUUGAGGAUCUUCACCAUGCCAUUUCAAAGGUGGGGGAUUUCUCAGAUGACAACCGUUCGGGUAUUGACAGUUCCCUACAUCGUAUUAGUGCAAUUAGAAACCGUAAAAUGCAAAUUAUUGGCCUUACCUGCCGGGUUGGUCGAGCUGUAUCUGGAAGUGCUGAGAUCAUACGUGACUUGGUUGAAGAAGGUGGUUCCAUAUUGGUGAUAGGUCCUCCAGGGGUUGGUAAAACUACCUUAAUCAGAGAAAUAGCCAGAAUGCUGGCAGAUGACCAGAAGAAACGCGUCGUUAUUGUUGAUACAUCUAAUGAGAUUGGAGGCGAUGGAGAUGUUCCUCAUUCAGGAAUUGGUUGUGCAAGAAGGAUGCAAGUCCCAAAUGUUAACCUGCAGCAUAAUGUAAUGAUUGAAGCAGUUGAAAACCAUAUGCCCCAAACCAUCAUCAUAGAUGAAAUAGGGACAGAGCUUGAAGCGUUGGCUGCUAGUACAAUUGCUCAGAGAGGAGUACAGCUUGUUGGGACUGCUCAUGGAAGUACGAUUGAGAGUAUAGUAAAAAAUCCAUCUUUACAGAUGCUUGUUGGUGGCAUAGAGAGUGUUACUCUGGGUGAUGAGGAAGCAAGGAAAAGGAAAGUACAGAAAACAAUUCUCGAGAGGAAAGGUCCUCCAACCUUCACAUGUGCUGUUGAGAUGAUAUCAAGAACUCAAUGUCGUGUUCACCAUAGACUAGAUUUAACAGUAGAUGCUUUAUUAGCAGGAAAAUCUCCUUUGUUUGAGAUACGGGGAUUGGAUAGUGAAGCCGAAAAUUCGAUCGAGUCUUCUCCGUUCACUCAAGAGGACGAUGUUAAUGACUUUGAGCUAAUUGAUAAAGUAGAAAAGAAGGAUAAAAUGGAGUCUGAUAGGGAAUAUAUAAAAAAGAAACCUAAAGUGGAGUCUGAUAUGGAGUAUGUUAAAAAGAAAGAUAAAGUGGAGUUUGACAUGGAGUAUGUAAAAAAGAAAGUUAAACUAGAGUCUGAUAGGGAGUAUGUAAAAACGAAAGAUAAAGUAGAGUAUGUAAAUUAUAGUAAGCAAUCCAGUAAAGAAGACAAAAAGGUAAAAUUUGAAUCAGACGAGGAAGAUGAUGAUCAUCUUACUUCCAAGAAAUCGGGCACCAGUGGAUAUGCCAGCAAAAAAACCUCUCCUGUGUUUGUUUAUACUUAUAAGAUUCAAGAAGCUGAUCUAUUGCAAGUUGCAACUGUUAUGGGGCUAGAGGAAGAAAUUGAAGUAACAGAUGAUAUUGGUAUUGCAGAUGCUAUUCUAGCAUCUAGUGCUGAAAUGAAGCAGAAUCCUUGGAUUCGUAGCGUUGCCAAAUUUCAUCAAGUGCCUGUCUUUGUUGUAAAGUCAAAUACCAUGGCACAGAUGGUGAAGGCUAUCCGUAUGAUUCUUGGAAUGGAUUCUAUUCACUCAAAACAACCAUUGAAAGAUUCAUCCGAUAUUGAAAUUCAAGAUGAUGCACCGAAAAGGAGACCUACAUUGGAGGAGAUCGAUGCCUUAGAGGAGGUCCGCCUUGCAAUUGAGUACAUCGUCAUACCUGGUGGUGAGGCUGUUGAACUUCUCCCAAGGCGCUCUGAGAUAGUUGCCCAACAACUCAAGUUGGUUGAGAGUUAUCAGUUGGCUGCAGAAAAUUCAGGUACCGAAUCAAACCCGAGACUGCAAAUCCUUCCACAGAAACUAUACAGGAAGACUUCUGUAAAGACCUUGAGGUCCAGUUCAAGUCAGAACAGCACAGGUUCCGACUCAUGGAUUGGUAAGAACGGAGGCACUGGUGUUGCUCGACUGCCUUUCUUGCCUGAAUAAUUCAGAUAAGUUCCUUUACCGCUGCUUUAACCUUGGUUGAACAUGUUAAAAGGCAAUGUACAGUGAUGUAUAUCUGUAUCUAAACCCCUGUAGAUUCCAUUGUUUGGUGCAAUUCUUUUCGUCGCAGUGUUGUCUGCUCAUGUAUUCCUUGCUAAAGGCACUUUCAAUACAAUGUACAGUGAUGUAAAUCCUUCAAAGGAAUGAAAUUUAGUAACACUCAUUCCAUAGAAAUAAAACAACAUUUGAAGCAAAAUAUAUGAGUCCCAUUCUUGUA